AUGGCCGUGCGCUCCCGCCGCCCAUGGAUGAGCGUGGCACUGGGGCUGGUGCUAGGCUUCACCGCCGCGUCCUGGCUCAUCGCCCCUAGAGUGGCCGAGCUGAGCGAGAGGAAGAGACGCGGCUCCAGCCUCUGCUCCUACUACGGCCGCUCGGCCGCUGGCCCCGGCGCUGGCGCGCAGCAGCCGCUCCCCGAACCUCAGCCCCGGCCGCGGCUGGAGCAGUCGCCGCCCCCCGCGCGCCAGGAGCUCCAGGGGCCGCCGCCGCUGGCAGAGGCAGCGCCCGGGGUAACCAGUUUUCGGAGCAGCCCCUGGCAACAGCCACCCCCGCUGCAGCAGCGGCGACGAGGACGCGAGCCCGAAGGCGCAACGGGGCUGCCAGGCGCCCCCGUGGCAGAAGGGGAGCCGGAGGAGGAGGACGGGGGCGCGGUUGGGCAGCGCAGAAGCGGCCGGCCGGGGAGCAGCCACAACGGCAGCGGGGACGGGGGCGCCGCCGCCCCGAGCUCCCGACCCCGGGAUUUCCUGUACGUGGGAGUGAUGACCGCGCAGAAGUACCUGGGCAGCCGCGCGCUAGCGGCGCAGCGGACCUGGGCGCGCUUCAUCCCCGGCCGCGUGGAGUUUUUUUCCAGUCAGCAGUCCCCCAACGCCGGGAUAAGCCAGCCCCCGCCACCCCUGCCUGUCAUCGCGCUACCGGGGGUGGACGACUCCUACCCUCCCCAGAAAAAGUCCUUCAUGAUGAUCAAGUACAUGCACGACCACUACCUGGACAAGUAUGAGUGGUUUAUGCGCGCCGACGACGACGUCUACAUCAAAGGUGAUAAGUUAGAAGAGUUUCUUCGAUCACUGAAUAGCAGUAAACCUCUCUACCUGGGUCAGACUGGCCUGGGGAAUAUUGAAGAACUUGGAAAAUUGGGGCUGGAGCCUGGAGAGAACUUCUGUAUGGGAGGACCUGGCAUGAUCUUCAGUCGAGAGGUUCUCAGGAGAAUGGUGCCACAUAUUGGUGAAUGCCUCAGAGAAAUGUACACAACUCAUGAGGACGUUGAAGUAGGAAGAUGUGUUCGACGCUUUGGUGGGACUCAGUGCGUCUGGUCUUACGAGAUGCAACAACUGUUCCAUGAAAAUUAUGAACAUAAUCGGAAGGGUUAUAUCCAAGACCUUCACAAUAGCAAAAUCCAUGCAGCCAUAACACUUCACCCCAACAAAAGGCCUGCCUACCAAUACAGGCUUCAUAAUUACAUGCUCAGCCGCAAAAUUUCUGAACUUCGCUACCGCACCAUCCAGCUCCACCGGGAGAGUGCUUUGAUGAGCAAGCUCAGUAACAGCGAAGUGAGUAAAGAGGACCAGCAGCUGGGAGUAAUGCCUUCUUUCAACCACUUCCAGCCUCGGGAGAGAGAUGAAGUGAUAGAAUGGGAGUUCCUGACAGGGAAACUCCUUUACUCAGCAUCUGAGAACCAGCCUCCUCGACAGAACAUCAACAGCAUCCUGAGAACAGCACUGGAUGACACCGUGCUACAGGUGAUGGAGAUGAUCAAUGAAAAUGCCAAGAGUAGGGGACGGCUCAUUGACUUCAAGGAGAUUCAGUAUGGCUACCGCAGGGUUGAUCCCAUGCAUGGGGUGGAAUACAUUUUGGAUUUACUCCUCUUGUAUAAAAGACACAAGGGGAGGAAACUGACUGUGCCAGUGAGACGUCAUGCUUAUCUUCAGCAGUUGUUCAGCAAGCCUUUCUUCAGAGAAACUGAAGAGCUAGACGUCAACAGCCUUGUGGAGAGUAUUAACAGUGACACUCAGUCAUUCUCCUUUAUAUCUAAUUCUUUAAAGAUACUAUCUUCUUUUCAAGGUGCCAAAGAAAUGGGAGGGCACAAUGAAAAGAAAAUACACAUUCUUGUUCCUCUCAUUGGAAGGUAUGACAUUUUCUUGAGAUUCAUGGACAACUUUGAAAAAACUUGUCUUAUUCCAAAGCAGAAUGUAAAGCUGGUCAUCACCCUUUUCAGUAGGGAUUCUGGCCAAGAUUCCAACAAGCAUAUUGAGCUGAUAAGAGAGUAUCAGAACAACUACCCUAAAGCAGAAAUUACCUUGAUCCCCAUGAAGGGAGAGUUCUCCAGAGGUCUCGGUCUUGAAGUGGCUUCUUCCCAGUUUGACAAUGAUACUUUGCUGCUAUUUUGUGAUGUUGACUUGAUCUUCAGAGGAGACUUUCUCCAACGGUGUAGAGACAAUACAAUUCAGGGACAACAGGUGUACUACCCCAUCAUCUUUAGCCAGUAUGACCCAAAGGUAACCAAUGGGGGAAAUCCUCCCACUGAUGAUGACUUUGUCUUCUCAAAGAAGACUGGAUUUUGGAGAGACUAUGGAUAUGGAAUUACCUGUAUUUAUAAAGGUGAUCUUCUGGGUGCAGGGGGAUUUGAUACCUCAAUACAAGGCUGGGGACUGGAAGAUGUAGAUCUCUACAAUAAAGUUAUUCUGUCUGGCUUAAGGCCUUUCAGAAGCCAAGAAGUGGGAGUGGUGCAUAUUUUCCAUGCAGUUCAUUGUGACCCUAACUUGGAUCCUAAGCAGUAUAAGAUGUGCUUAGGAUCCAAGGCAAGUACUUUUGCCUCAACCAUGCAACUGGCUGAACUCUGGUUGGAAAAACAUUUGGGUGUCAGGUACAAUCGAACUCUCUCCUGACAGUCCGGGCAACACAUAUUGCCUUUUUAAAGGGGAGUUUACCUCAUUGUUGGUUGUUGUUAUUUUUAUUUUAUUAUUGUUAU